AUGGUAGUCGAUACACCACUCGCCAAGAGCGAGGAUGAUCCCACUUCUUCCCCUCCUUCCACUUUCACCGAACAGCCCAUCUUGACUCCAGUCAUAGUCAAGUCAACACCAUCCAACCCACCCAAGGAACAACCUCCAGCUGAGAAGACAUCCUUCUGGAAUUACCUUUUGUUGUUACCCAUUUUGACAAUCUUACCUAUAUACUUGUCGAGAUUGCAUUACACCUUGCCUGAACUGUUGCCACCUUAUGAUAUUGACGGAAAUCCACAGCCAUCUGAAUCUUUGAUCCUGGGACAUAUAGGAGCUUUAGAGGAUAUAGGUUAUAGAACAGUUGGAACCCACGAAGCUGUUGCUGGGGAAGAAUACGUUUUGAGCCAAGUUCAGAAGAUUCUGAGAAGGUGCGAAGAAGGAGGUGUACUGAACUGCGAAUGGUGGGUUCAACAAGGAUCAGGUUUUCAUUCAUUCGAUAUCAUUGAUCACGCAGUACUUAAAGCCUAUAAUGGAAUCACCAACAUCAUCUUACGGAUGAAAGCUAUCAAUCCACCUUCAUUCAAUGCAUCUGCAGUAAAAGUAGAAAAAGAUGCGAUCUUGUUAGGAAGUCACAUAGAUUCCACUUUACCUGCUCCAGGGGCCGCAGAUGACGGCAUGGGUGUCGGAGUAAUGCUGGAUGUAGCCAGAGUGCUGGUAGAAAGAGAUCAGCCGUUCGAUGGAAGUGUCAUAUUUAUGUGGAAUGGAGGUGAAGAGGAUGGUUCACAUUUGUAUUCUACACAACACCCGACAAGACAUCAGGUUGGUGCUGUGAUUAACCUAGAAGCUGCUGGAACCACCGGUGGAGCUAUGUUGUUCCAAGCAACAAGUAAAGAAAUGGUCGAAGCUUACUCGCAUGCUCCCCAUCCCAGAGGAACCAUCAUCGCCGCUGAGGUGUUCUCUUCUGGUAUCAUUAUGUCUGAUACCGACUUUGUAUAUUUCGAGAAAUAUCUCGGCGUUUCAGGAUUGGACAUGGCCCUUAUUGGACAUAGUUACUUUUACCAUACCCGCAAAGACUCGAUCAAAAACAUUGAAAGCGGUUCAGCUCAACAUUUCGCCAACAACAUCAUUGCGAUAGUGGAUCACAUGACUUCUCCUCAGUCUCCUCUACUAAAAGCGGAAGAUUUCGCACCAUCAGACCUGGUUUAUUUCUCGCUUUAUGAUCGAGUCUUCUUCUAUUGGCCUAUGCAAGCUGCAAACAGGAUUUAUACAUCGCUCGCUGUUGUGGCGGUAGCCCUAUCUCUCCGUCAACUAAGCAAGAACCGAUGGAAGACUUUCGUCGUAGCUCUCGUUGGAACACCACUGGGGUUCAUUGGAGGAGCAUUGACUGCGGUCUCGUUAGCGGCGACAUUAUCAUGGGUCGGUAAAGGACAAUUAUGGUUCCGACACGAACAUCUCCCUCUGCUUAUCUACAUUCCAACAGGAUUUAUUGGACAUUUCACUGUUCAACUACUAUUCUCAAAAUUAUUAUCUCCGAUAUCAAGAACACAAUUAGAAUCUGCUCAUUAUAAUGCCCAAACGUUGUUCUCAGCUUUGUUGAUGUUAUCUAUUCAAGCUGUAGGGAUAAAAUCAGCUUAUAUCUUCUCAUUUUUCACUGGUUUACUGGUCAUCGGUUCAUUCCUGAAUGAGAUUGGACAAUUGGUGGGAAGAAAGACUGAAGGCAUGAAGAUCAAAAGUACUUAUGUAAUUCCACUGAUUGUAUGUACUACAUUUGCUGUAGAGGCUAUAACUACUACACUGGACAUAUUUACUCCUCUUGCUGGACGAAUGGGCAAAGAUGCUCCGGCAGAAAUCAUUAUAGCUGUGAUCUCGUCCACGUGUGGAUUCGUCUUCUUCCCCAUGGCUAUACCGCUCUUCCAUCGUGUGCCUCGAUCGUCUCAACGGAAGAUCGUGAUCGGUCUUGCUCUAUUCGUUGCCGGUCUAUUGGUUGCUUUAGGAGGACCAUGGUAUUGGCCUUAUGACGACAUGCAUCCUAAGCGUGUUGGUGCACAAUACAUCUACAACCAUACUUCAGGAGAGCAUACAGGUCAUUUGGCGUUCAUGGAUCGCGGACCAGUAUCAACUAUAAUACCUACAAUUCACGAGAAAUUCGGUCAACCAAACACAGGUUUACAACACACGAAACUGACAGAUUAUGAUUCGGAUUGGGAUGUUAUCUAUCCGAUAUCAGCUUUCUUGGACACUUAUAAAUUCCCGAUUGAGGUUAAAAAGGAAGAUGAGCAAUUUUCUUGGCCAAAUAUGGGUUUCUACACUCAAGAUGUUAAAUGGGAAUAUGGAAUGAGAGAAGUUAGAUUGAGGUUUAACUUUAAAGGACUGGUUUGGCCGACUUUAGCCUUUGAAGCUUCAGUUUUGAAGUGGUCAUUUGAUACCCCACCGCCUCAAGGAAAAAAGAGACACCAUGUCAAGAUAGCAACUUCUGUUGAUGAACAUGUUCAAGAUCUGAAUUUGACUUUGAGGAUGGAUGAAGGUGAAAGAUUGAAUAUACAUUGGUCAGCCGUAGAUAUGAAUCAGAUGGUACCUGGAACAGCAUCGAGAUUAGGUCCGAAUAUGCCUGCUUCUAAAUGGUUAACAUCGAUAGAUGAAUGGGCAGAAGAAGAAUACAAAGGUAGUCUGGAAAUCAUGUCGAUAGGUGUUGUUUGUGGAGUUAUCCAGGUGUAA